AUGACUGGUCAUGUGAUCGGUCUCAACCUUGGUUUUGGUGGGCUUCAAGGCAAUAUCCAUUCCAAUAGCAGCUUAUUCUCUCUUGGCCAUCUCAAUUGGCUAGACCUCUCUAGGAAUGAUUUCAGAGGUUCCCCAAUUUCCUCCAAGUUUGAUGGCUUUGUAAGUAUGACUCACCUUGACCUCUCUGACUCCAAUUUCAGUGGCCCAAUCCCUUCCGAAAUUUCCCACCUUUCCAACUUGGUUUCACUUAAUCUCUCGCAACCUUCUGUGACCCUAGAUGCUCCUAGCUUGAACAGAAUUGUUCAAAACCUAACCAAUCUUAAGGAGCUUGAACUGUCCCUUAUUGAUAUGUCAUCAGUUGUACCUGAUUCAUUCAAGAAUCUGUCUUCUUCUUUGACAACUCUUUCGCUUUAUUCUUGCAACUUGCAAGGAAAAUUUCCAGAAAGCAUUUUCCACCAACCAAAUCUUCGACUAUUAGAUUUAGGUUAUAACUAUAACCUCACAGGUAAUUUCCCCAAGUCUAACUGGAGCAGUCCACUCGAAACCUUGUUGCUCUCUCGCACUAGAAUUUCAGUAGAUUGGCCUCAUCUGACAAGAAAUUUCAAGUCUUUGAGAGAUUUGUUUCUCAGCAAUUGCAGUUUUGUAGGAUCAUAUCUUGCAUUUCUUGGUAAUCUCACACAAAUUAUGCGGUUGGACCUUUCGUCUAACAAUUUUGGUGGCCAAAUCCCAUGGUCGCUUUUAAACCUUGAGAGCCUCGUUUACUUGAAUCUUGGUGGCAACAAUUAUGUUGGUCAGUUUCCAGAAGUUGAUAGCAACUCGACAUCGAUCUCUUCUUUAUAUGAUUUUUCAAAACAACAACUGGUGGGUCACAUUCCUCGACACUUAAUCUUGCUCUAUUUAGAUGGGAACCAACUCAAUGGAACAAUACCAUCUUGGUUAGGUAGUUUGCCAUCAUUGGAGUAUUUAGAACUUGGAAGCAACCAACUCAGUGGUAAUAUCAUUCAAUUCCAAUCUCGUUCUUUGUCAUUGCUUGGUUUAAGGGAUAACAAGCUGGAUGGCCUGAUUCCAAGAUCAAUAUAUGAACAAGUGAAUCUUCAAGUCCUUGAUCUAUCAUCCAAUAACUUGGGUGGAAAUUUGGAGUUCGAAAAGUUUUCCAAACUCCCAAGUCUCGGUGAGCUUAAUCUUUCCUUUAAUCAUAUAUCCUUGAGCUUCAACCAUUUGAAUAACAACACCUGGCCUCAACUUGAGUUACUAGAUUUGUCAUCUUGUAACAUAAGUGAGUUCCCAUACUUUCUAAGAGCCUCACAAAAUUUGGACAUGUUAUACCUUUCUCACAACCGAAUUCGAGCCGACAUUCCCAAAUGGUUGUUGGAUUCGGGGAAAGAUUCAUUGAGGUAUUUGGAUCUUUCUCACAACUCUUUGACUGGCACUGUAGGACAGCUUCGGUGGAAAAAACUCGAGUAUCUUGACCUUCGCAACAAUUCUCUCCAAGGAGGGCUUCCAAUUCCAUCACCUUCCACAUUUUUCUUUUCCAUAUCAAACAACCAAUUGACUAGAGAGAUGCCUCCAACCAUUUGCAGCUUGACUAGACUUGAAAUCCUUGAUUUGUCUAGUAAUAAAUUGAUUGGAAAAAUUCAUCAAUGCAUAGGGAACUUCAGUCAGAGCCUCUCUGUUUUGGAUCUACGGAAUAAUAAAUUUCAUGGCGUGAUUCCUGGGACAUUUUCUGAGGGAAACGUUUUGAGAAAUCUUGAUCUUAAUGGAAAUCAGUUGGAAGGGUCGUUGCCACCAACUUUGCUCACAUGUAGAGAGUUGGAAGUUCUAGACCUUGGAAACAACAAAAUUCAAGAUACAUUCCCAAAUUGGCUGGAAUCUCUUCCGAAGUUGCAGGUUCUUAUCUUGAGGUCUAACAAGUUCUAUGGUGAAAUAGGCUUUCCGGAAACUAACUUUCCAUUCCCAAAAUUGCGUAUCAUGGACCUAUCCUACAAUCGGUUUAGCGGUCUCUUGCCAACAAAAUAUUUUGAACAUUUGACGGCCAUGAUAAACUCGCAAGAACAUGAACUGAAAUAUAUGGGAGAGGGCUACUAUCAGGAUAAUGUGGUAGUGACAAUUAAAGGCUUUGAAAUUGAAAUGGUGAAGAUUCAGACUUUCUUCACAAGUAUAGAUUUCUCAAAUAACACUUUCAGAGGAGAGAUUUCAAAUGUAAUCGGUAAGCUUAAAUCAUUGAAGGGGCUUAACUUUUCUCAUAAUGAGCUCACAGGUACAAUUCCACCAUCAUUUGGCGUUAUGUGCAAUCUUGAAUGGUUAGAUCUAUCUUCAAACAAAUUUGUUGGUGAUAUUCCAGAGCAAUUGACAAAUUUGACAUCACUUGAAAAGUUCAAUGUUUCAAAAAAUCAACUUGUGGGGCCUAUACCUCAUGGCAAACAAUUUGAUACAUUUGAAAAUGAUUCAUAUAGUGGAAACACAGGAUUGUGUGGAUUGCCACUUUCUAAAACAUGCGGUGCACAUCAAUCACCGCCAUCGUCACUCCAACAAGAGGAUGAUUUGGAGCAUGGGAAUGGUUUUGAUUGGAAGGUAGUGUUGAUCGGGUAUGCAUCUGGGGUGGUAAUUGGAAUAUCUGUGGGAUAUCUUGUACUCUCAAAUGGAACACCAGAUUGGCUUGUUAAAGUGGUAGGAAGAAAGCAACGUCGUAGAACUGUGAAAAUCACACAUUGA